UUGCCUCGAAACCCCCAACCAUCGUGUCGCAUUAGUGCUUCAGGAAGGACACGCGCACAUGCUGGACGACGACGAGUUGACGUGGAGCAACGUCGAUCACGGCAAGUUUGUGCUCCACGGUAGCAUUGUGCUGCUCGGGCUGGACGUGCUCUUCUAUCCGCUGGACGUCAUCAAGACCCGCCUCCAGAUGAACGAGAUUAUUAAUGUGCGAGUCAAGCUGGCAGAUAUGGUCAAGGGAAUAGCGCGGCGAGAGGGCUUCUUCGGAUUUUUCAAGGGAUUUAACGCCACUCUGGCUUCAGCAUACCCUGGUCAGGCACUCUACUUUAUCUCGUACGAAUUCUACAAGGACCACCUUCUUGGCUUUGCUUCGCGACACCAGACCAACAACUCGAUGCUGAAUGAAGCAAUGGAGUUUGGUGCUCAUGCAGCGGCAGGCUUUCUAGCAGACGCAUCAUCACUCGUCAUUUACGUGCCGUCCGACAUUGUUUCGCAGCGGCUCCAAGUUGUGGAAGACCGUGUUCCAGCCAGCAGCGUCGACGUGGUGCGACGAAUAUGGCGCGCGGAGGGCAUCCGCGGGUUUUAUCGCGGCGUCGGAGUCACUGUCGCCACGUAUUCCGUGGGGUCGGCCAUCUGGUGGGCCACAUACGAAAUGUUCAAGACACCCAUGGGAAGGCUGUUUGGCGUGAGCCGAAAUGGCUUGCCACUGUCCUCGACGGACGCUGCUCCCCCUGCUGCUGCAGCACCAGCAGCGCCCUCUACUUUAGCAGGCGGAUCAUCGCCCUCAACACUGGCCGCUGCCUCGACAUCGCUUGUACCAGGGCUGUCACACAUCCAGCCCUCCGUUUCGGAAGCCACGUCUUCUUCUUCUGCACCGCCUGUGCACGAUUGGCGCUACCACUCGACGCAUAUGACUGCUGGAGCCCUGGCAGGAUUGGUGAGCGGCGUCUUGUCCAAUCCCCUGGAUGUGGCCAAAACGCGGAUGCAAGUGCCAGAGUACAAGUCGCACAGCGAAGCGUCUGCCCGCGAGCACAAGUUUUUGCCCGUCUUCCGGGGUAUUUACAAAACCGAGGGUAUCCGCGGCCUGUACAAGGGCAUUGUGCCUCGCAUAUUAAUCUCCAUGCCAUGUUCUGCGCUAACCUUUUUGGGAUAUGAAUAUGUCAAGCGCAUGAGUCGGCUGGAGACUCCUGCCUAGAACGUGGGAGUGUUGUUAGAUUCAGAGAGAAAAAAAUUUUGGUGUUCGCUUGUAAAAUCCAUAGCACUGUAUCCAACUUGCCACGCAAUUGUUUCGAUGCAGUCUCAUUGAAA